AUGAAUGAAACAACUACCGAUGAAUCACUUCCAUUACUAUUUGAACCGAAUCGUCUUUUACGAAGAACUAAUGAUACACGAACUCCAUUUCAAAGAAAUCUUGCUGUCUAUUUAAUUUUAUUCAGUGCUGGUUUUGAACGAUUAGCAUUCUAUUCAUUAGCUGGUAAUCUAACGUUUUUUCUUGAUUCAAAAUUAAUUAAAUGGACAUUUCCACAUACUAUUAUUGCUCCACUUAUCUUUCUCGGAACAAGUUAUAUUUCAGCAUUAGUAUUCUCCUGGGUAAGUGAUGGUCGAUUAGGUCGUGCAAAAACAAUCAUUAUUGGUUUUACGAUAUAUUGUAUUGGUUAUACAUUUAUGAUCUUAUUUGCCAAUGAACAUAUGCAUCAAAACUGGUGUCCAAUACAUAAUAAUAAUAAUACAGAUAUAGUAACGUCGGAUUUUUUUAAUGAACUUUGUAUUCAAUAUAUUCUUCCAACACUUAUUUUAACUGCGAUUGGUGUGGGCGCAGUACAAGCUAAUAUGGCUGUAUUUGGAGCUGAACAAGUUCGAGAACAAAAAAAUAAAACACGAUAUUUUGAUAUUUAUUAUGCUGCAGUUAAUACAGGUGGUCUUAUUGCAUUUGGUGCUAUUGCUUAUCUACAAAUCAAUAAAGAUUAUUUUAUUGGAUAUUUAGUUCCUGGUGUCUUACUUAUUUUGGCAUUUAUACUAUUUUUGAUCGGUUAUAAAUAUUAUAUUCAUAUUAAACCACAUGAUUCUGUAAUUACAGCAUUUUUACCUAUACUUAUAAAUGCAUUUCAAUCAUGGAGAAAUCAUCGAAGAAAUCGACAUGGAUUAAUUAAUAGUACGGAACCGUUACAUCAAGAAGAACCCAUUGUAGAAACAGAAGGUGAUAGUAAUGAUUAUUUAUCAUUUACUAUAAGUAGACCAUCAUGGUCAUUUAUUGAUUAUGCUAAAGUAGAGAAUAAUGGACGAUUUCCAGAUCGUAUUGUCAAUGAUAUUAAAUCAUUACAACGUAUUAUUGCUGUAUUUCUAUUAUUAACACCCUAUUGGCUUCUCUAUGUUCAGGUUGAAACAACAUUUAUUGUUCAAGGUGCUCAUAUGAAAUUACCAACUUCAUUUAAAAAGAUGCCUGUUAUUUGGCUUUCCCUUGCAAAUCAGAUUAUAAUAAUUGUUACAAUCUUCCUUCUGAAUACUUUCGUUUAUAAACGCCUUCAAGCUAGUGGUCGAUCAUUUCCAAUUAAUACUCGUAUCGUGAUCGGUAUGGUUUCAGCAGCACUUUCAAUGUGUAUGGCCGGUACAGUUGAAAUCUUUCGUCAAAAUAUAUGUAAAACACAAAAUUUUACACAAAUUAUUGCUGAUAAGGAAUAUAUAGCCGCAAAUAUGAGUGUAUUCUUUCAAUUUCCUCAAUAUGUUGGUAUUGGUCUAUCUGAAGUAUUUACAUCUGUUGCGAGUCUAGAAUUUGCAUAUUUGGCUGCACCGCAGUCAGCACAAUCUUUGAUUAUGAGUCUACGAUUUUGUUCAGCUGGUCUUUCGUCCUUUUUUGGUUCAGGUAUAGUUGGUCUCUUGUCAAUUGUGAAUGGAAAUCAGAUUUUCGAGAAUUAUCGUAAUGAUGAACGAUAUUAUAUUUAUUUCUUUAUUUUGGCUGGCUUUCAACUCGUUUUCAUAUUGAUUUUUAUUGGAUGUAAUCGAAAAUAUAAAAUACUCAAAUUACCAAAUCAUCAUCAUCUUAGUUCACGUCAUUUCCUAACGUCAAAUUCCAAUCCCAUAACUGAUUGA